AUGAUAUUUUUAUUUAUUGUAAAAAUAACAAUUGCAUGGAAAACCUAGAGUAUUAAAGAAAAUAUAUAAACUUGUUAAAUCUUUGAAAGUGGAAAUCAAUAAGAAUGCGAAUUAAAUGAUUUAAUUAUAUUUAGGUUAGACUCUUAUUUUGCAAUUUGUUUAAUCUCAUCUGAAAUUGGAGUUUAAAGUGUUUUAUAUGAAAACUCUUAAGGAAAUUAAAAUUUUAUUUGUGUACUAAAAGAUUAGAUUUUGAUAUAUCCUCUACCAUAUACUUGUGGAAGCCAAUUUAAAAGACUUCAACAUUAAAAUCAAUUUUAAAACUAUUCUUUAACUAGAGAUAAUUCAUCUAUGUAUAUAUUUGGUGGAUUUGAUGGAUCUGAAUUAAGAAAUCAAUUGUUUAAAUAUAAUUUUGAAGAUCUCUUUAAUAACUAAAUUACCUAUUCAAUUCUGCCAAAUAAUUUUAUAUAAAAAUUAACAGUUUCAUUAGACUUAUGGGAUGGGUCUAUGGAAGAUUUUUAAUUUACAUCUAAUUUUCCUAAGCUAUAAAAAUUAAAGAAUUUAGGUUAUAAAUAUACAGUUAGUUCUAUCUAAGAUAAUUCUUAAUGCUAAUCUUCAAACAUUCCAAAAUGUUUAUAAUAUAGUGUUAUUGUAUAUGUUGAUGAAUGUAAUUGCAUUAAAUUAUUUUAUGGAAGAGAUUCUAAUAAUAUUAAUCAAAAUGAGUCUUGGUUAUACUAUUUAGAUGAUUAGGUUUGGUAAGAAACUACACUUGAUUCUAUUAUAAAAUUUGGAACAACUCCUAUUGGAUAAUAUUUUCCAAAUAUAAAUAUGAUUGGUUUUUAUGCAGAAAAUACAUAUUAUUUUUAUUAUGAUUGGGAAUGGUAUAAAAAUUAUGAGUAAUUAAAUUUUGGAUCUAUGUUUAAAUAAAUGAUUGCUUAUGAUAACAAGACAUUUCUAUUAAAUUCCUCGAGUAUCCUUUAUAGUGAUUAUACUGAUCAAAAGAAUAUUAAAAGCUAAUAGUAUGGUAUCUAUAUAUGUUAAGAUGAUUAUCGUGGUUAUGAUUGUUAAAUUCAAGAUUUACAAUGUUUAGGAAGCAUAUGUUUUAAUGAUUUAUUAUUUGAGAAAAUCUGUGUAUAUUGUUAAGGACAUGGUACUUGUUAAAAUGGAAAAUGUAUAUGCGAUGAAGGAUACAGUGGCAAUGAUUGUAGUUAAUAUGCUAAAUGUUUAAAUGAUUGUUCAAAUGAAGGAACUUGUAUUUAAUAUUUUCCAUCACCUUAAUGUAGAUGUAAAUAGGAGGAUAAAAGGGGAGGAGAAGAUUGUUCAACAAUCUUUUGUCUGAAUGAUUGUUCCAAUAAUGGAGUUUGUAUUAAUGGUGUAUGUGAAUGUAUUAAUGGAGUAAAGGGUGAUGAUUGUAGUAUAUUAAAUCUAAAAUUUAUUGAUGAAUGA